AUGAAGGGCGACAAAAAAGUAGAUCUGCAGGCUCUUAAAGACCUCGCCAAUAAGCUGAGAAUCGACAGCAUCGUGGCCACAAAUGCUUCGAAAUCCGGACAUCCCACAUCGUGUGCUUCCAUGGCGGAGAUCAUGUCAGUUCUGUUCUUCCACACUAUGAAGUACAAGAUCUCAGCACCAAGAGAUGCUUCAGCAGACAGAUUUAUUUUGUCCAAGGGGCAUGCUGCACCAAUCCUAUAUGCAGCAUGGGCCGAAGCUGGCUUAUUCCCAGUGGAUGACCUCAAAAAUCUUCGCAAGCUAGAAUCUGAUCUGGAAGGACACCCAACUCCUAGACUGAACUUUGUGGAUGUUGGUACAGGCUCUUUGGGGCAGGGUUUGGCUGUGGCCGCUGGUAUGGCUUAUGUCGGGAAGUACUUUGACCAGGCACCUUACAGGGUCUACUGCUUAGUGGGUGAUGGUGAGGCAGCAGAAGGCAGUAUCUGGGAGGCCUUGCACUUUGCUAGCCACUACAAACUAGAUAACUUGGUGGUUAUCUUCGAUGUCAACAGGCUAGGUCAAUCUGAACCUACCUCCCUUCAGCAUCAGAUGGACGUAUACGAAGCUCGAGUUAAGUCUUUCGGCUUCCACUCAUUGGUUGUGGAUGGCCAUGAUGUGUCUGAGCUUGUCAAGGCGUUGGAUGAAGCUGCUUCAGUGAGUGGAAAGCCCACUGCCCUCAUAGCCAAAACCUACAAAGGCAAAGGUUUCCCCAACAUUGAGGACAAGGAUAAUUGGCACGGAAAGGCCCUUGGUGCUGAAGGAGAGAAGAUUAUAAAGCACCUGCAAUCACAAAUCAAGAACGCCAACGUGAGCAUCAAGCCCGCCCCACCUUUGGGACAGGCGCCCCAGGUGCACAUCGGUGACAUCACGCUGUCCUCGCCGCCGGCCUAUAAGCGAGGGGAGCUUGUUGCCACCCGAUUGGCCUAUGGAACUGGUCUCAAGAAGAUCGCAGACACCAAUAUGAGAGUCAUCGCUCUGGAUGGAGACACAAAGAACUCUACAUUCAGUGACAAGUUGAGAUCGGCCUACCCAGAAAGGUACAUAGAAUGCUUUAUAGCUGAGCAAACGCUGGUUGGUGUUGCGACGGGAGCCGCUUGCCGUGACCGCGCUGUCGUCUUUGCUUCGACCUUCGCCGCUUUCUUCACCAGGACUUUCGACCAGAUCCGCAUGGGCGCCAUCAGCCAGUCGAACAUGAACUUGGCCGGUUCUCACUGCGGCGUAAGCAUUGGCGAAGACGGGCCUUCCCAGAUGGGACUUGAAGAUCUUGCUCUGUUCCGCGCUGUGCCCACUGCCACGGUCUUCUACCCCAGCGACGCUGUUUCCACAGAGCGCAGCGUCGAGCUGGCCGCUAACACCAAGGGCAUCUGCUACAUUCGUACCUCGCGACCCAACACCGCUAUACUGUACGACAAUGACACUGUCUUCAAGGUGGGUGAAGCAAAAAUUGUACGUGAAUCGGCGAAAGACAGUGUACUGCUAAUCGGCGCAGGCGUCACUCUCCACGAAGCACUGGCCGCGGCUGACCAGCUCAAGCAAGAAGGAAUCGACGCACGAGUGUUGGACCCAUUCACAAUAAAGCCCUUGGAUGAAGCUAGCGUAAAGGCGCACGCGCAUGCUGUAGGAGGUCGCGUACUCGUCGUUGAAGAUCACUACCAAGCAGGUGGUAUCGGUGAAGCAGUGCUUUCCGCUCUCGCCUUGGAAAGAUCAGUGGUGGUUCAGCAUCUCUACGUGAAAGAGGUCCCGCGUUCUGGUCCUCCCCAGGCAUUGUUGGACAAGUACGGUAUUUCGGCUAAGCACAUCGUCGCCAACGCCAAGAAACUGCUCACCGUUUAA